CACCAUAGUCAUGUCAGGGGUUGCUAGAGCAGACUUACUUCAACUGUUCAACUGUUUUUCAAUUAAUACAAAACAUGCCAGGCUUGAAUGAGAGAGAUAGCUGCAGCAAGGAGUUAGGUGUUAGAGCAAAGGCUUCAAGCUGUAUUCCUUGGAAAUAAGCCAUUUCCUCACAAGGAAUCUUCUAUCUUUGUGAAUGCCAAAGCAAGAAACAAGAGUCACCAUUCCAUUCCUAGAGACAAAGAGAGGAUGCGGGCCUGGAUGACUAAAAGAAGCACAGCUUUUGAGAUUACAAAAAAACCUGAGGAGGCCUUCCCUGAUAUAAACACAGUCAUCUGGCAAAAUGACGUCCAUAUGCUGCGAUAUAUAUUGAAGAAGGUGUCCUAUGAAGAUCUGUCUAAACCAAACGCAGAAGGCUGCAUACAUUUGCAUCAGGCUGCAUACUAUGGAUUUUUCGAAUGUUUGAGGGUGCUCGUAUACGUCUUUUCCGACAAUAUCAACAGGCGAACCAAACUCUGCCAAACACCUCUGUUUCUGGCUGUAGCUCAGUCAAAUGUGGAAUGUGUAGAGUUGCUUCUUAAAAAUGGGGCAGAUCCUAACAUACCUGACAUAUCAGGAGAAUCACCUCUCUACAAAGCUUGUGAAUUGAACAAUGACACGCUGGUGGAGCUUCUCCUGCAAUCUGGAGCCAACGCCCGUAGGACCACUAAUAAGGGGUUGACUCCACUACAUGAGGCUGCACGAAACAGAAACCUGGCCAUGUGCAGGCUACUAAAGGUCGCUGGGGGAAAGAUAUAUGCUAAAAGUUCCUAUGGUGUUGAGCCAUUGUUUACAGCUGCCCAAGGAGGGUGCCCUGAAGUAGUGAAAUACCUCAUUAGACAUGGGGCAAGUGUUAAUGGUUAUGCUAAUGAUGGAGCAACACCAUUGUAUGAAGCGUCCAAGAAUGGCCACGAGGAGGUGGUAAAGCUGCUUCUGUCCAAAAAAGCCGACGCAGACGAAAGAACUAUAGCAGGACUGACCCCCCUUCACAUUGCAGCAAAGAAUGGACAUGCUGGAGUUGUGUCCUUACUGAUUCCACACACCAACCUGACUAGUAUCUAUCGGUGUGGCAUCAGUCCGCUCCAUCUUGCAGCCGAGUUUGAUGAGGAGGAGAUUUUGGAGAUGCUCAUCCACACUGAAUUAGACGUGAACGCCCUGCUCUCCCCUGAAAAAUCAACAUCAUAUGAGGACCGCCGAAGCACGGCACUCUAUUUUACUGUGAGCCAGAACAACUACGACACUGCCUCCAUGCUGCUGGCAGCUGGCGCCAAUCCCAAUCUCGAUAUGUUCAAUCCUCUUCUGGUGGCUGUGAGGCGGGGAGACCGAGGUAUGGUCAGUUUGCUGCUAGGGUUUGGUGCCAACGUGAACGCCUGCAUACCGACUCACCCCACCACCUUCCCAGGGGCACUCCUUUUCUGCAUAAACAACAUAUCCAUGCUCAAGCUCCUGCUAGACAAUGGUUGUGAUGCUGAGGCCUGUUUUUUCUGCAUCUAUGGAGACAACCCACAUCCUCAAUUCAAGAGUAGACGCACAACAGGACAUAACCUGUACAUGCAUGAUGAUGAGACUCCACAUCCCAGAGCAGCACAGUUCUGUGAAACUCUGGCCGAUCCCUUUUACUCUCCCUGGGCAGGGCGUAUAAUUGACCUCCUCCUCGAUUAUGUGGGUCAAGUGAAACUGUGCUCUAAACUCACUGAACUUCUGGACAGCAACAAGGAGUGGGCGUACAUUAAGGAGAAAACUAGGCCACCUUUCUCCCUGAUGCAUCUGUCCCGGCUAAGGAUCCAUCAGUUGGUGGGACGUCAGAGACUGAGGAGAAUGAGCAGCCUUCCUCUGCCUGGACGGCUCAUCAAGUACCUGUUAUACGACAGAGGAGAGUCUGGAGACUUCCUUUAUUAUAGUUAUGACUAAAUGUGUUCUUGUUUAAACACUUAUACAGCAAUUCUUUAAUAACAAUACGUGUUGAUAUUGGGAAUAGAAUCAACAGAAACUUGUGUUAAAGCUUAUGUGAUGCCAUACCUACAUGUUUUAAGCAUUUUAGACACCUGUUGAGAUUAUGUUUUUUUGUGCUUUUUUUGCAUUUGAUACACCUUAUUGUUCCUUUUCUUCUGUGUGAGAAGUUAAUUAAAGGGAGCUAUGUGAACUAUUCUUUAUUGAAAAUAUUAGAUAUAUGUUUUGUAUUAUCAGUUGUCAGGUAUCGUAUAAUGCUUGUUAGAAUAAUGUGUACAUGGGGCAAGGCAAAUUCUUGGAUAUCUGCAGAUAUGCAAAUAUUGAGUUUCAGUCCAGUUUUUAUCACUUUAAAAAAGUUAUCCAUAGAUUAAAGACAUUGUAUUUUAGUUUUUCAUGCAACUGUUUGAUGCAUUCCAGCUGGUUGAUACAGUACUCAAAGUCAAAAAACAAGAUGCUAAAUCUACUAGGCAUUCUGAAGGAGAAUACAUGGAGAUACAUUUCAGUUGUAUCCUGUUAUAUAGCCACCUUGGAUGUAUGGAAAUUUGAGCUAGAAAUUGUGGAAAAAUAAAGAAAUAAAACAA